AUGGCCGAGGGCGAGGGCGCUGGCGGAGUCCAGGGCGACCUGGAAAAGGAACUGACGUGCUCGAUCUGUACCGACGUGCUCUACCAGCCGCUCACGCUGCUCGACUGCCUGCACACCUUCUGCGGCGCCUGUCUGAAGGAGUGGUUCGCCUUCCAAGCCUCGACCGCCACGUCGAUACACCCGUACACCUGCCCCUCGUGCCGGGCCUCGGUGCGCACCACACAGCCCAAUGCCACCGUCACCACGCUGCUCGACAUCUUCCUCAAGGCGAACCCCCAGAGCGGCAAAAGCGCCCAAGAGAAGCAGGCGGACCGCGACAGAUACCGGCCAGGCGACAAUGUGCUACCCAAGCUCAGGCGCCGGGAUGAGCGCGAUGACACCCAUCAGCGCAUGCUCGAGGCGGCUCAGCAGCCGAGUCUGAGGGACGCGGGCAUCGCAAGCAGCAGGAGGGCCAGCCGGGAGCCUCGGAGAGAGCGCACAACAAGGGAGCGAAGCCGCAACGGGAGGCGGUCUGCCAGCCAAAAUCCGCCCGGCGCAUCCCCGUCCAGGGCCGUCAUACCGCCCCGCGCCAUCGAGCACCAGUCCAGCCUGCGCUCUCUGCUGAGCGCCUCGGACCUCGACGCAGAAGACGUCGACGAAGAUCUCGUGCGCCAGGUGCUGGAGGAGCUGGUGUCCGAGGGCGUCGACCUGAACCAGAUUGGCACUGCGCAGGAAGACGAGAUCACCGAGAGGAUAGCCGAGGCUGUGCGACGGCGGCAGGCAGAGCGACAUGCCGAAAGACAGCGCGAGAGGAGGGAGAGGCGGGAGCGUCUGGACGACGAAGCUGCGCGCAGGAGAAGGCAUGGACGUUCCGAGAGUGGCGCAUCGACGCCCCAGACGGCAGUAGGACCCCCCAUAUCCAGACCUGCUCUCAUCGACGCCGCAAAUCGAGGCGGGCGGGCACCGCGCCAGCGAUCGUCAAGCCAGGGCAGCUCUCGAUCCGCCACGAGGGUAGAGCGCCCUGCACCUGGCUCGGCUCCUGCAAAUCCGGCGUCCGGCGACUGUCAUUCAUCAUCGGAACUCGCUCGUCCAAGGCCACGGCGACAGUCCGAAAAUCAGCAGAGAAAUAGGCUCGACGUUCGAGAGCAGUUCCGCAUCAGUCUCCACGCCAGCAACAACAAUAACAACAAUGAGACAGUGUCAAGUCCUAGCUCGCCCCAGAGCCUCGGCUUCGAUCUGCCCAACAGCGGCAGUCCAACGACUUCUCUAGCUACAGUUGGCACUCCAGCUGUGCCCUCGUCUUCCUCUACUCCUGCCGUCACGCCUUUCCAGCCUCCUUCGGCUCGCCGUACUACCGACCCUACCACAGCCGAACUGCCACGCUCUUCUCACAGUACUACUCCCCCCUCGCUAUCGCCUCGUGCUUUCCCUCGCUCCACCCCCGAUCCGACCGUGAGCGAGACUCGAUCGAGACAAGCUUCAAGCUCAUCACUAGGUACUCCUGCCCUAUAUACAGAGCCCCAUGUGGCAUGCCAACGCUGUGGUAAAAACGACAUACAGUACGAGCUUCACUACAAUUGUCGACGCUGCCAUGGUGGCGAGUACAACGUGUGUCUUCGCUGCUAUCGUCUUGGUAGAGGAUGCAAGCAUUGGUACGGCUUUGGUUGGACUGCUUGGCCCCGGUAUGAGCGCGAAGCACCAGAGGGUGGUUAUCCGCCCUAUCACGAGCAUCCCCAUAUCCUGGUCGGGCACCGAUAUCGCAGACCCAUGACGCCCUUGACGGAAUCCACGACACCACCACAUGUGCUCAUGAGCGAGGAUGACCCCAAGCAGAGGGUAGAAAUUGGCGUCUUCUGCGAUAUCUGCUACCACAAACUCGUCAUCAGCGGUCGCAUCACCAAAGAAGACGGCGUAAACGGAUGGCGCAAGUGCCUCCGCAGCCAUCGCAUGUACAUUGUAGGAUUCGAAGACCGUGACGGCGCACAACGGCGCAUGGUUGUCCGCGAUCUAGUAGGCGGCUACGCACUGAAAGAAGAAGACGAAAUGGCCAGAGUACAGCGGUACCCACCAGAUGGCGAUGGGGCUAUCUGCCGGAUGAAGGAGUAG